AUGGCUACGUAUAAGCAAGAAGAUUGUGUCGGUCGUUCCUCGCUCUACCCAAGACUACACCUGUUGCAGAUGCCGUUGGAAGUUCGCUUCAAAAUCUUCCAUGAGCUAUGGGAAGAUCGCGACUUUGACCUCCUCAUGGUUAUUAAAGACUACGAAGAUAGACACAAUGACGACAAUCCUAUUACUCUCGCCUCUAUUGCCUUUGUACACUUCUCCAAGCGGCCAAACACGCACUGGCCGAACGACAAGAUACCGUGGGACAGGUACGCUCCCUGCCUUGUCAAAACCGAGGUUCUCUGGUUCAAUAGGCGGAUACACGGCGGAACUCGCAGCAAUAAGAAUUACUUUAAUGUUUUCAACUUGAUGAUAUCCUGCAAGCAGCUGUGGGAAGAAGGGAGUCUUGGGUAUUGGCGCCACAAACAGCUACAACUUGGCAUUUCCAGAGAGUUUGGAGAAAUCCCAUUGGGUGACGAGGAAGAGUGGUCCAUGACCCAAUGCACAAAUAGUAAACUCUUGGGCGGCGUCAUUGGCGAGAGCGUUCGAAAUUUGACGCUGAGGUUCGACGACAAGGUGUUGAACUGCCGUGUAACCCGUUGCGAUACUUUACCCGGCAUAAGGAACUGCAAACGCCAUGCGGACGAAACUUUCCUGCCAAAGCUUCGAUGGGCUCGAGAUACCAUCAUGAAGGCUCUCAGGCUCUUUACCAACGUCACAAGCCUGGUGUUACUCAUUGAGAACAACCGCAUAUACGACUUGUACAAUAACAUUGGAGUCUUUGGUGAAAUCAUGGAGUUUAUUAAAGAGGAGAGGCCCAUGAUCAAAGCGAUACGGGUUAAAGGCGGGCAAUGUGCGGAUCUCGUCAAGCUGUGGAAUCUUGAGCUCGAUGCCUCUGUAUCGGGGACGACAUGGUCUAUGAAUCCAUGCGUUCCCACUUGUCAAUCGAAGAAAUACAGUGAUUAUACAGAUCAAUUCGAUACGACGCCGCGAGAAGUUGACUUGCGUCUGGACUUUUCUUGAACAAGUUGACUCUGCGGUGGAGGCAUUACUUUCACUUUUGUUAUUAUAAAAUCAUUAAUUACUAAAGAAACUUUUAUUUUUAAUUUCC